UUAAUAUUGAGUCGCUUCCGAAUCUAUAUCCUAUUCUAGAGUUCCUUUCAGACACAAACGAGAUGAUUGGGGACACAAGCGAGGGCGAGGCUCUUAAAUCAAAUAAUGAAUAUUUUGAACAGGAUCCGUUAUUCGAUCCGGUUGCAUCAAUCGGAAACUUAGCAUUCCCGGUUUGCGUCGGCGGGGAUCAAUCCGUUCGUUCCCGACCCUUCCGUCUAAUUGGACGGAGAUAGUUACCGCCUUCAUUUGAAACAGAAUCCUCUCUGUUCAGAGAGAAAGAGAGAAAGGGAGGGAAAGUUGAUCGUCGGGGAAGCAGAAAAGGCGGCCGCGGUUGUUGGAAGCGAACAGCGAUGCAUUGAUUUCUCUCUCAACGGAAUGCCUUUGGACUAGGGUUCUAGAAAAAAGUUGAGAAUGAAUGCAGGUGGAGCAUUUGGUGGUAACAGGGGGCUGAAACCCGUGCCUCCAGAGAAAGGUGUAUUUCCCUUGGAUCACCUGCAUGAAUGUGAUGUGGAGAAGAAGCAGUACAUAGAUUGUCUCAAAACCUAUAAAUACCAAUCUGAAAAAUGUCGACAUCUUUCCAAGAAGUAUCUUGAAUGCCGUAUGGAGAGGAACUUGAUGGCCAAACAGGACAUAACAGAACUCGGGUUUGGGAACGAAACAAAUAUUGAAGCGUCUGAAGUGAGCCAGAGAAAAGCAGAAGACAAGAAGCCAUAGGUGAAAAACAACCAAAUUUGUCUUUGUUUGGAGAUGGAACCAAAAUAAGUUUACGAGCUGGUGUGGGAUUUAAAUGGUUACAAAUACUGAAUCCUUACAUUUAUUUAAUUCUUUGAUCCGAUCUAACUGUGUCAGCAUUUGUAGACUAUUUAUAGUUUGUAUGGCCAGGUAUUGCUGGUAAUAAGGCUGACAGAACUUCUUUUUUUGUAACAUGAAUUUCGGAGAAUAUGUUUUGGAACUACCACGGGUUUAUUAAACCGUGUCUACGAGAGUUUGUAAUUGGCAGAGUUUCGAACCAGAAAAACAGAGAUUCUUUUUGUGUUCUGCCAUGUCAAAA